CACAAGUUCAACAAGGUGACACAUUCCUUGAUUACGUUGAAAAUCUUUGUGCAAAACAAUCGGCACAACCUAUAAAUAUUCUCGUUCAGAAGUUUACGAUGGCUACUAUAUCAGCAUGUGCCUUUGGCUUGGACUUAGAUGAAGACAUGUACAAAACAUUAAAUAAAGUAGACAAAAUGAUUUUUACACCAAAGUACAGCAUUGAGUUAGACAUGAUGUACCCUGGAAUAUUGGUGAAACUAAAUAAUUCAAAUUUCCCAAAAUUUUUAAAAGCAUUUUUCAACAAUCUUGUGAAAACUGUUGUUACCCAAAGAGGCGGAAAACCAACAAAUAGAAAAGACUUUAUGGAUUUGCUUUUAGAACUAAGACAAAAGAAAACGAUUGAAGCAUCAAAAGGAUCGGUUGAUGAAAAAGUAAGGACACUUGAGUUGACCGAUGAUGUCCUCGCAGGUCAAGCGUUUGCAUUCUACGCGGCCGGUUACGAGACUAGCGCCUCCACCAUGACAUACUUGUUCUAUGAAGUUGCAAAGCAUCCUGAGAUACAAGAUAAAGUCAUUGCAGAAAUUGACGAAGUUCUUAAAAAGUACGAUGGGGAAAUAACCUAUGAAUUUUUAAACGAACUGACGUAUUUGAACCAGGUAUUUGAUGAAACUUUAAGAAUGUAUCCAGUUGUAGAUCCUUUGCAACGCAAUGCUGAAAUGGACUACGUAAUCCCAGGUACUAAUACUAAAAUCAGGAAAAGACAAACUGUGCUAGUAAGCGCUUUGGCCAUCCACCGUGAUCCUAAAUAUUAUCCGAAUCCGGGUAAAUUUGAUCCUGAACGUUUUACAACAGAGAAUAAGAAAAACAUACACUCAGGUGCUUAUAUGCCAUUCGGAACAGGUCCAAGAAAUUGCAUAGGAAUGCGGUUUGCUAAGGUGCAGUCCCUAGUGUGCAUCGUCAAAUUCUUCACCAAAUUCCGCGUGGAACCUACCAAGAAUACACCAGCUGAAGUGGAAUUAGAUCCUAUGCGUCUAGUUCUGUUUCCCCGCGGAGGAAUCGAACUAAAUGUUAUACGUAGAUAGAUGUUGAGAUUAACUUUAUUGAUGGUACAAUAUUUGAUUUUAUCUCUUAUGGGAAUUUGGACGAUAGUCGUUGCGAACUGGGAAGAGGUUUUUGAUUGUUUGAUUGACUGUACAUAUUUCUUUUUAUUAUUGUAAAAUGUUAUUGUGUUAGUAUUAAAAUGUAUUGAAAAAUA